AUGGACUUCUCUCAAUAUGGAGUACCAAGCAAGGAGUGGCUCAACUUUGUCACUCGCAAUCCGACUGCAGCUCAAGAUGGGUUCAGCAACAAUGACACCCUCGAGGCCAAUCAGCUUCGCGAGACUGUGAAUGCAGCCCGGGAGAGUGCAUCGAAAAAGCUGAUGAGCCAGUCCGGUUUGGUCGACAAAGUCAAUAUUCUGACAUUGUCCAUACAGUCUCGAGGGGGUCACUCAAUCCCCCUUCGCCGAUACUCGCCUCGCGAUAGGCGAGAACUCAUGCAAGGUCUUGUGUACUUUCAUGGCGGCGGCUUUCUUUUCGGAUCUGAAGGAACUGAUGAUUAUCUGUGCGCUACAAUGUCAGAGACUUUGGGCGUGGUUGUCCUCAGUGUUAUCUAUAGACAUACUCCAGAUUCGUCACAUCCAGCACAGCACGAAGACGCUCGAGACGCGCUCGAAUACAUUAAAGCAAAUGCAUCAACACUUGGAAUCGAUGUAGCUGCGGGCGUAGGAGUACUAGGCAUCUCGGCUGGAGGAGGGCUCGCUGCGACGGCUAUACUGCGCGACCUAGAGUCGUCAGAGGAGAAAGGCGAUCGUCACUUCAUCAAAGGAGUGGUGCUCGCUAUUCCGUGGCUAAUCCACGUUGAGAAUUACCCGUUUGAACUUUUCAUUGAGCCUCAAAAGUCAGCUCAUAUACAGUGUCGUGACGCUCCUGUGAUCCCGUGGGCCCGGUUGAAGAUGUUCAGCGACCUGCUCGAUGCAGAUAGUAGCGACCCACUGCUGAACGUAGCACUCACGCCAAAUGAGUCCUUGCGUGAAUUCCCUCGUACUGCAAUAUUGGUGGCGGGUAUGGAUCCGCUGAGGGAUGAUGGAUUACUGUUUGCCACAAAACUGAAGGCCAAAGGUGUGCCCACCAGCGUUUCAGUGUUUCCGGGUCUCCCUCACGGAUUCAGGAGAUGGGCUGACCUUCCAGCCACCAAAGUUUUUGAUUCUCGGAUUCUAGAAUCUAUUCGAUGGGCCUUGGGGUUAGAAAGCUGCCUGGUAGACAAUUUCGAAGACUGGUACGAGUAUAAAGAAGAAUAA